AAAGAGCAGCAAAGCGCAAAAAGCAACCACCAAAAAAAGGCAGAAAUUACAGUCGACCGGAAGGAGAAAACGCUAAAACGCGUCUGAAGUUGUCGUAUAGAUUCGAGAAAGUCGAAGACUGCGGUGCCAAUCGGGAAGUUUGUGACGACUCAGGAGAUUCCGAGAUUGUGCAUAAUAGAGGAGUAAUGGGAGCGUAUGAUCAAGGCGCUAACAUGUCAUCUCUGCCCUUGGAUUCUUCAAGGAAGAGGAAGACGCGGAGCAGGCGAGAUGGGAACUCUGUUGCUGAGACACUAGAAAAGUGGAAAGAGUACAAUAAGAAACUGGAAUCGGGUAAUAACGAGGGGAAAACGCGUAAAGUGCCCGCCAAGGGGUCGAAGAAAGGCUGUAUGAAAGGCAAGGGAGGGCCUGAGAAUGCACGUUGCAAUUACAGAGGUGUAAGGCAAAGGACUUGGGGCAAGUGGGUCGCCGAGAUUCGGGAGCCAGACAGGGGAAGCAGGCUUUGGUUAGGUACUUUUCCCACUGCCAUUGAUGCUGCCCUUGCGUAUGAUGAGGCUGCCAAGGCCAUGUAUGGUGCUGGUGCUCGCCUCAACCUCCCGCAUGCGGCCAAUUAUCAUCCAUCGUCUUCACUGGAGACUUCUUCAGUUGCAACACCAUCAGGGUCUUCUGCAGUGGCAACUCCAGGAUGCUCGACUCCCACUUCAACCUCAAGUCGCUCUGAGGUUUGUGGAGACGAGGAUUCCAAGCUUUUUCUUAAUGUGAAAAACGAGGAUGGUGAGGGCGAGUCAAGGAUGUAUCCGUGGUCUACUGCGGUCCCUCAAGCCAGUGGUAUGGUUAAGCCAGAAAUCAUUGAGGACUUCACCAUGGAUUAUCUUCGUAAUAAUCAACAACAACCUGUCGUCAAACCGGAAGCAGGAGUUGAGGAUCAUAAUUGGAAUGGCGGAGAUGGUUUUAUUGGGGAUUAUUCGGAGAACUUCACAACCGACGAGUUGUUUGAUAUGGAUGAGAUGUUUGACGUAAAUGAGCUGUUGAUGCCUUCAGAUGAUAUUUCCCUUUGCAAUUCAGGAUCGGAGCAAGUUUGGAGAGCUGACGUUGGUCAGUCGGGCAUGGAGACUCUCAGCAGUGAGAGGCCAUCAAAUUUGUUGUACCAGCUGCAGUUUCCAGACGCCAAGCUGCUCGGGAGUCUGCAGCACAUGGAGCAUGCCCCAUUGAACUUCGAAUACGGUUUUGAUUUCAAGAAGCAAGAAAAGGAGGGGAGUAAUCAUACCGGCCAAGAUGAUCAAGGGUGCUUCAAUCUGGGGUUGUCCGACUUAGAUUGGGGAGGAUUCACAGGAGGAAUAACACAAUCCGGAGAUGGAGGUUACAACUAUUCGAUGGAAAUGUGAAGGCCAAGUUGGGUGGGGGAUUUAUUAGUCUUUCCCAUGACUUCGCUGUAAUCCGCUCCCGGAUUACCAAAUCCCCGGAUUCCGAAAGCAAAGAAACAGAUUGUGGUGUUGAUGAACUGCCCUUGUGCUUGAUUUCAAUUUUGUUUUGGAGAUUUUGAGCUAUGGUACAGGUCUGUUAUACAUGCCUUGCCAUUCUAUGCCGUUCUAUGUUGAAGGGUUGAUGGACAACUUGGCAAUGCUAUACAUAUAUAUAUAUAUAUAUAUGUACAUAUUAACUAAAAAUUCUUUCAUUGUGGAGUGUAGAUAGGAGGAAGAAAAAGGAACUUGAAAAUAGUUGAAACAUCAUAGUCAUGGGAAAUACAGACCUUUUGUGCUUUUUUUA